AUGUUCAAGUGGUGCAUGGUGAUCUUGGUGCACUUUGCGCUUUUGGAGCGCGGAGUGGCCGCGCCGCCAAACAGCCUGGCUUCUGCAGACUUCAGGCUGCAAACUGACACAGAGGCUGGGCAAAGUGCCAACAAGCUGCAGGAGGCGACAGAUGACGGGGAAAACACCCUCUCAAAGCUGCUGGGUGAUUAUGACAAAGUGAAAGCCCUCUCGGAAGGCUCUGACUGUCGGUGUCAAUGUGUUGUCAGACCCCUGAGCAGGAGCGCCUGCCGGCGGAUAGAGGAGGGCAGCGCAACGGCGCACGACUCCUACACGGUGGAGACCAUCACGUCCGGUCCAGAGUGUAAGUGCGCCUGCAUCGCACCUCCAUCUGCGGUCAACCCAUGCGAGGCAGAGCUCAGGCUGAAAAAGCUUAGGGAAGCUGCCAAAGAUGAUGUCAAGCUGGCCACCGUUCUUCAGCUUCUGGAGGGUUCCUAUUAUGGGAUGGAUCUACCCAAACUGCACUCCGUCAUCAGCAAUCUGGUGGAUCGUGUGACGCACAUUGAAAAGGUGAUGGCCUUGAACCAGACUAAAGAUGAGGUUAAGUCCCACACAAACCCACCAAGGCCGACAGAUGAUACUAAAAUAAGGACCAAGACCCACUCUUCACCUUCCCACAACGAAGAUGAUCCGGAUGGGACAGGAGCCUCUCAAAACAAGGAAAAGCAUGGGGAGAAGUUUGUUGCCAGAACUCCGGUCGCCAAGGAGAAACCCCACGUGGCUCCCAAAAAGGUGGCCAACACGGAAGUUUCAGGAGGGUCAAAAACUGCUCAUAAUGGAAUGAUUAUCAGAGGAGUGACUUUUUACAAAGCUGAGCCAGAACCAAUGGCCACUGACGACGGGGAACAUGAAGAGAACGAUUUUGAAUAUCAUGGAUUCAGUGGUGAUGGUCAAAUGGAUCUCCUCAUUGAGGAGAAUCUUAUACAACACAGAGCUCGUCCUCGUCCCAGAGAGAAGGCGGGGCCGAGAUCAUUCCACCCUGUAAGGAAAAACCUUUUUCAAGACUCUAAGAAGACCAGUCGGUCAACAAACCUAACCCAAGUUCUGAGUGAGGAGAUCCAAGACAUUGAUGUGCCAUCAGUUUUCACAACGGUUGAGACAAACACAACGAACAACGUCACAUUUGCACCCGACACAACCACACAAAACUCCACCACAGAAAAGUCUGCAACUCAAUCUGUUCCUUCAAAUAUCACCCAAGAGAAUUUGACAGAAGAUCUAUCCCUAGUUGUAACUCCUGAGAAUAUGAUCAUAGCAACCCAAGCAAUCACCACAAGUAGAGCACCAAACUCUACCAGCAGUGGAACUACUUUAUCCUACACCACCAACACUCCAACAAUUAAAUCCACUCAACUUGCCCCCACAACCCCACAAGACUCAGAGCCCACCACUCUUCCAGUGUCUUCUACCGAAAGUCCUCUACACACUUCUCCAUCUGUCACCACACCUGUGACAACUUCAUCUCCACCCACUACUACUACUAUCAAGACAACGACAACAACAACAACCUCCGCCAUGUCCAGUCGGGCUCCUGCAGUCAAAAGGAAGUACAAGAUAAGCUGGGAGGAGGAAGAGGAAGACUUGGAGUUUGAGGACAUAAUGCAAAGGCAGGAGGGCGCCACCACACGGAAACCUGAAGAAUGUAAGGACACCCUGGCAACCAUCUCUGAACCAGUGACUCACAACAAAUACGGCAGGACCGAAGGGGCCUGGAUGAAGGAUCCCAAGUCGGACAAAGACAGGAUUUAUGUCACCAAUUACUAUUACGGGAACAACCUCCUGGAGUUCCAGAACAUGGAGGUUUUCAAAAAAGGCCGUUUCACCAACUCCUACAAGCUUCCUUAUAACUGGAUUGGAACCGGUCACGUGGUCUACAAUGGAGCCUUCUACUACAACCGCGCCUUCUCUCGAGACAUCAUCAAAUUUGACCUACAACAGCGCUACGUGGCUGCCUGGACCAUGCUGCACGAUGCCGUGAUGGAAGAGUCCACGGCGGCGUGGGAGUGGCGCAGUCACUCAGACAUUGACUUUGCUUUGGACGAGAGCGGCCUGUGGAUCAUCUAUCCGGCGUUGGACGACGAAGGCUUUUUACAGGAAGUGGUCGUCCUGAGUCGCCUGAACCCAGUUGACCUCAGCAUGCAGAGGGAAACCACGUGGAGAACCGGGCUGAGGAGAAACUACUACGGGAACUGCUUCAUUGUGUGCGGCGUCUUGUACGCUGUUGACAGCUACAACCACAAGGAUGCCAAUUUGGAAUACGCCUUCGACACGCACACCAACACUCAGAUGAUUCCCAGAAUGCCCUUCACCAACAAUUACACUUACACAACCCAAAUUGACUACAACCCCAAAGAGGGUGUACUGUACGCAUGGGACAAUGGACACCAAGUCACAUAUGACAUUAAGUUUGCCUAUGUAGACUCCAAUUAA